AUGGACGACCUUUUCUCAGUCGCAUCAGCACUUUUGAAGCGACUCUUGCCCGGACCAAUGUCCGUCGUGCCAAACCUUGCGGUAGGCACGAGUGUGGCACAGGGGGUCCUUAUCGAGGCAUUCAUCACAUGUAGUUUGGUUCUUUCAGUACUUUUCUUGGCGGUUGAAAAACAUAAAGCCACGUUUUUGGCCCCCGUAGGAAUAAGCAUCACUUUGUUUGCUUGUCAUUUGUUUGGGGUUGUUUACACGGGUGCGGCGAUGAAUUCGGCAAGAGCUUUUGGUCCAGCCGCGGUCACGGGGUCUUGGAAGGAUCAUUGGGUUUACUGGGUUGGGCCCACGAUAGGCUCCCUGCUAGCGGUCAUAAUUUACGUAUUCAUGAAACGGUUCGAGUAUUGGAGACUUAACGAAGGUCAGGAUACCGACGUUUUCAGCGCUUCUCCGGAGCUGUUUAUCGCACGGCCAGUCACCGAGGAAGGCGGUCGCCCGAAAAUGUUCAGGAUGUCCAAGUCGGCAGAAAGGGUCUGGUUCCCGGGAGCGGCUAACAACAAAAAUCGUUCACCAUCCGAAGCCUUCUCCGUCGAAGCGCAUCGAGUUGCCCAAUCCCCCGUAUGA